AGGUUUCCUUGGAGCUAAAUGGGCUGGCACUGGCGUUAAUUGCUAGCCAGUCAUCCCUUCGCCAGGCUAUCAAUGCACGUUAGAUACUGGUUUGUUGAACUAAUGGUGGUGAUAUUUGCCGUGUACUAGGCUGUGUGGAAUGUUGAUGUUGACUUGCAGUGGAUGGGGUAUGGCAGCAUGACAGACUUUGAAGACUGGUCGAGCAACGUGCUUAAUCCUGCGCGUCCAGUGGACUUGGUGCUCUUGCUGGUUCGCCUUAGUGACCUCGAAGCAGUGCAUCCCGAGUUGCAGCUCCUCAAGCACAGCGACGACGUACUGGAUAGCCCUAUCAACCAGUUUUUGAAUGAUCUUGAGCAGUACGAUACCAUGGCUACUGCACCGCUGGUGGUAUUGCUAUGCCCAGGUCCCCCUCCUACAGCUACAAGAUUCGAUGCAAUGGAGCGCAAGGUGCAAAGCAAGAUUGAGGCUAUGCAGAACGUGACUGUGCAGUCAUCAGAACGGCUACUUUCUCUUUUUGAACAGCAGUACAGGACUGCAUUCUACGAUGUCGUUGCUGACAAGCGCCAACACUCUCCGUACACUCAAGCGAUGCUGAAUGUGAUGAGUUUGUCGCUCAGUAGACAAAUAUGUCGCCUUUAUCGAACUGCUGGCAGUCGAAAGAAAGUCAUUGUUCUCGAUUGCGACAACACUUUGUGGGGUGGAGCGGUAGCUGAAGUUGGACCCAGCGGGAUCGAUCUUGGUACGAGAUUUCUCGCACUUCAGCGCUUCGUUAUUGCACAGCAGCAACGAGGUAUGUUGCUUGCACUUUGCAGCAAGAACAUCCUCGAGGACGUGACGGAGGCUUUUACGCAACGUCGCAAAGAUAUGGUGCUCGACUUGGAUAAGCACGUGGUAGCCACCAAAGUUAACUGGAAACCAAAGUCGGAAAAUAUCGCGCAACUCGCCAAGGAGCUCUCUCUUGGGCUGGACUCGUUCAUCUUCAUCGACGACAACCCUCUAGAAUGCAACGAAGUCGCAACUGCAUUGCCCUCCGUGACAGUCAUUCCGCUCGGAGCAGACUUUUCUGAGUCAGUACUCGACCACGAAUGGGUUUUCGACGAUGGUUUGGACAUGCGCUCGAGUGGAUCAGCUACAAGCACUAAGGAAGAUAACGACCGAACGCAGCUUUACCAGCAGAAUCUCCAGCGUGAACAGCUUCGUGAGUUUUCAUCGACGCAUAAGGCCUUCUUAAGUGCUCUCGGUGUGAAGAUUGUCUUCGAAGAGCUCGAUCGCGAUCAAGAACUUCAACAGAGAAGCUCGUCAUUUACUCGAGCGCUGCAGCUUCACCAUCGCACGAAUCAGUUUAACACAGCAACAACAUUCGCCAAGCGCUUGGAGGAAGAAGAAUUGCUGAAAUAUAUCGCAGCUCCGGAACACACGGUAAUCUGCGCUCAUGUGACUGAUCGUUUCGGCCACUACGGCCUGGUGAACGUGGCUCUCUGUCGACAUGCACGCGAUCACAAUGUUUUGUUAGUGGACAGCUUUCUGCUUAGCUGUCGUGCGUUGAACCGCGGGGUGGAGCACGCUAUGAUGCGAAAACUGAGCGAAGUCGCAGUAAGAAUUGGCGCGACACAGCUAGAGUUUGCCUGGGAGCCAACGGAGCGGAACCAACCAGCGCACGCAUUUUUCUCAUCGCUGUCCGACGUUGCAUUCGAGAUCAAAGACCACACCAAGGCCACUGGUAAGGAGAAGCAGCAGGUUAGCAUCUCUAAAGCUGGCACUUGGGUCACCGCGGUGGACAAGGGAAGCCAGGUAUCAUUCCUCAAGACUGAAGACAAUCGUCAGCAUAGCAUCAAGACAGAUGGCUUGAUAAGCUGGCUACUUCAUCUUCCGUCCGGUCGUUGGCUUCGGGAUCGCACUCUUUCGGCUGUCAGGUGGAUGCUGUCCUCCUUCGCGUGGUCACAGCGGCUGGCGACCUUACUCAAGCCUUUCGUCGUCCAGCGGCUUAACAACGCGAACUCUGCUGGAUUUUUGCGUGUAUCUCUCCGUGAUCGUGGAAGCUUAGAGCGGUUCAUCACUCCUGCUUUACUUGACAUCCGAAAGGUGAAUAAUAUCGUCGUCACCGAAUCUGAUGACUCUAAUAGCGACGACAAGUUUCGGCGGAAGGCUCGUCACCAAACCAAGAUGGCACUGGUUAACCAUCUUCAUGGGGAAGCUCCAGGCGUGAUUUGGUCCGCCAAUCGUCCACACACCGACGGCCAAACUCCAGUUGGUGAUGGUCUCACUGUCCCUGAACCUACAAUCCGUCUCCAGCUCGUUUGCAAGUCCCCGCAGUGCUCUGCAACGAUCCAGCGUGAAAGCCGAUGCGCCUUUCAGCGAUGCCGCAAUUGCUGCUACCGAAUUCAGCGGCUCUUGACGCGCUCGUUACACCAUGCGAAUGCGAACGCCCGACAAUCGGCUGUGAACGCCCUGCUAGCAGAUUUUGCACUUGAUGCUUCCACGGAGGAGAAACAGUCGUCUGGUCUUGAUGAGCAGUGGUGCGUAGCUCAUCAGAAUAAACGGCGGCGCGGAGAGAUAUUCAAACAAAAAAUCAGCGCCGACAAAAUAGACACGAGCUCGCGAUAAAUUCAUCGAGUGAUGCUGCUAGUGGCCGGUGCUCUAGUCGCUGUCGUUGCCUUUCGUCUCCUUGUCACUGUCAUGGCUGUCACUAUCGCUACCAGUAUCACCGCUAUUGCCACUACCAUUUUCAUCCUCUUCUCCGAUGAUGGGGCCAUAGAGAGCCUCAUACUUCUCCACCCACAAGAGCGUUUGGACCUCUUUAACCGGCGAAUGCCUCAUUUUCUUGAGCUUGUCAAGGAUCUCUUCCACAGUGUUGCAGCCCAUCCGAAAUGUUGGUGACGUAAGAAUGUCCAGUAAGUAAGGCGGCACUCUUUGAAGCACUCGAAAGUAAUGCAUCGGUAGCAUCACCUGUACUGUAUGCGCGAUGUCGAAACGGUUCAAUACACCGAGAAGUCCAUUCUCCUUGCAGACUGAAUAAAUCACAUCUACAAACUCUUUUUCGU